AUGGACGCACAGACUUGGAGCGUGAGCUUCGGCUGUCUCUUCCUCCUGGCUCUCCUCGGGUCUACCCCAACCGAGGGCGCAGAGACCUGUGAAGAAGUUCGUAAACUUUUCCAGGGGCGGAUUGUAGGAGCUGUCAAGGGGCUGCCAGACUCGCCGCGGGCAGGAGCUGAUCUUCAGGUUUGCAUAUCUGAAAAACCAACAUGUUGCACCAGAAAGAUGGAGGAGAGAUACCAAGUUGCUGCUCGUCAAGAUCUGCAGCAAGUCCUUCAAGCAUCCAGCUCUGCAUUAAAAAUGCUAAUAUCUCGAAAUGCAGCUGCUUUCCAAGAAACCCUUGAAAGUCUCAUCAAACAAGCAGAAAAUUAUACAAGCAUACUUUUUUGCAACACCUAUAGGAACAUGGCCUUAGAGGUGGUUGCGUCCAUUCAGGAAUUCUUCAGUGAUGUAGGCCUCUAUUUGUUUGGUGCGGAUGUCAAUCUUGAAGAAUUCGUGAACAGGUUUUUCGACAGCCUUUUUCCUCUGGUCUACCAUCAUCUCAUCAACCGUGUGACCGAGAGUUCCCUGGAAGACCCUGAAUGCCUCCGCAUGGCCCGCAGAGAAGUUAGUCCAUUCGGGAACAUCCCCAAAAGAGUAAUAGGGCAGCUGGGAAGGUCGCUGCUGCCCAGUCGCACGUUUCUGCAGGCACUGAAUCUGGGCAUCGAAGUCAUCAACACCACUGACCACCUGCACUUUUCCAAGGAGUGCAGUCGCGCCCUGCUGAGGAUGCAGUACUGCCCUCACUGCCUGGGCCUGACUCUCAGCAAACCCUGCAUGGGAUACUGCCUCAACGUGGCCAGGGGCUGCCUCGCCCACAUGGCAGAGCUUAAUCCGCACUGGCACGCGUAUAUCCGGUCCCUGGAAGAGCUGUCAGACGCAAUGCACGGAGCCUACGAUGUGGAGCACGUUCUGCUGAACUUCCACCUGCUCGUCAAUGACGCUGUGCUGCAAGCUCACCUCAAUGGGCAGAAGUUAUCCGAACAGGUGAACAAGAUUUGUGGCCGCCCAAUAACCAUGCCAACACAAAGUCAGCGGUGUUCUUUUGAUCCCAGCAAAGAGAAGCACGGGAUGAAGAUUUCUGCAACGAAUGGUGAAGACACUCUUGCCAACAGAAGAAAAGAAUUUAUCAACAGCCUUCGACUGUACAGGUCAUUCUAUGGUAGCCUGGCUGAUCAGCUUUGCAUUAAUGAAUUAGCUGCAGUGGAUGGACUUGCCUGUUGGAAUGGAGAAGCUGUGCAAAGCUAUACUCAGCGUGUGGUUGGAGGUGGAGUGAAAGCCCAGUCUGGAAAUCCUGAAGUGAAAGUUAAAGGAACAGAUCCUUUGAUAAAUCAGAUAAUUGACAAGCUGAGACAUGUAAUUCAGUUGUUGCAGGGUCGAUCACCCAAACCUGACAAGUGGGAAGUUCUUCAGCUGGGCAGCGGUGGCGGCACGGUAGAGCAAGUCAGUGGGGAUUGCGACGAUGAGGAUGGUUGCGGGGGCUCGGGGAGCGGAGAAGUCAAGAGAACGCUGCAAAUCACAAACUGUAAGUGAGCCACCACUUUGAAACUUUGACUUUGAAAUACCUUUAAGGAUGAGUAUGAUCAACACAGAGAACUGUGGACAAUCGGUUCAGAAGUG